CCGUCUAUGCACAGGCUCUUUACUAUUAACGUGCUCUAUCAGGUUGCGGAUUCUCAUUCUAAAGCCUAUAGUCAGCUCCAUUUCUUAAUCAUGUUUUACUUACAGUUUCUCAUUUCGUGCCUAUUCACUAUUAAUUGUUUUGGUUCUAAAUUUUUUGCCAAAGUUGUUUUUAUAUCGGACACCGCCAAUAUAUUUCGUUUGGUUCUCAAUAUGUUUUAUGCUUUAGAAUUGAAGUGCUUCUUAUAUUCAUAAGCAUGCUUAUCCCUGGAUUAUCUCUCAUCUUACCCCCUUUUCUAUUUAGCUAUUACACGCGGAUCUACUACUGUCCAUAAUGAUAUUCUUUUCUUCAAUUGUUUCUCUACUACAAACUUCUCUAUGUCUAUUGUACAACAGCUAACUCAUCAUUUUUGCCAUUAUAUGCCUAACGUCACUCGUCCUUCUACUACAC